UUAUAAAUGCACACGCUGACAUCACUGCAGCCAUCAGUGCAAGGACAGCUUCAUCAGCCUGCCUGGGAGGGAGGGCGCGAGGGAGGAGGCGAAGGAGGAGGAGGGCUGGUCCCUAGCUCUUCCUGUAACCACUGACGCCGAUUCCUCUGCAGGGGGAGGAAAAAAAAGGAAAGGGGAAAAAAAAAACCCAACCCAAAAACCCCCCCAAACCCCAACAGCCCCAGCAGCAGCGUCACUCAGGCAAAGCGUCCCCUGCCUGGUCUGCGUUGCCCGCUUCCAGCGCGGAGCCCGCUCACUCGGCCCCACCGCUCCUGCAUGACGGUCACCAAGAUGUCAUGGCGUCCACAAUAUCGCAGUUCAAAGUUUCGAAAUGUCUAUGGGAAAGUGGCGAACCGAGAGCAUUGCUUUGAUGGGAUUCCAAUUACCAAGAAUGUUCAUGACAACCACUUCUGUGCUGUUAAUGCCAAGUUCCUCGCCAUAGUAACGGAGAGUGCUGGCGGAGGGUCCUUUCUUGUCAUUCCACUGGAACAAACUGGUCGGAUUGAACCAAACUACCCAAAAGUCUGCGGUCACCAGGGCAACGUGCUUGACAUCAAGUGGAAUCCUUUUAUCGAAAACAUCAUAGCUUCUUGCUCAGAAGACACCUCGGUCCGGAUAUGGGAAAUCCCAGAGGGCGGCUUGAAGCGGAACAUGACGGAAGCUGUUCUAGAGCUCUAUGGUCACAGCCGACGGGUUGGCCUCGUUGAGUGGCACCCGACCACCAACAAUAUCUUGUUCAGUGCAGGAUACGACUAUAAGGUUCUGAUAUGGAACCUGGACAUUGGAGAGCCCGUGAAGAUGAUAGAUUGUCACACAGAUGUCAUCCUCUGCAUGUCCUUCAAUACCGAUGGCAGCCUGCUGUCUACCACCUGCAAAGACAAGAAGCUGCGAGUCAUUGAGCCGCGUUCGGGCAAAGUCCUUCAGGAAGCCAGCUGUAAGAACCAUCGUGUGAACCGGGUGGUCUUUCUAGGUAACGUGAAGCGACUUCUAACGACUGGAGUCUCAAGGUGGAAUACGAGGCAGAUUGCACUCUGGGAUCAGGAAGACCUGGCCAUGCCCCUCAUAGAGGAGGAGAUCGAUGGGCUGUCGGGGCUCUUGUUUCCUUUCUACGAUGCUGAUACACACAUGUUGUAUUUGGCUGGAAAGGGCGACGGGAACAUCCGAUACUAUGAAAUCAGCACAGAAAAGCCCUAUCUGAAUUAUCUCAUGGAGUUUCGCUCUCCUGCCCCACAAAAAGGACUGGGUGUGAUGCCAAAGCACGGGCUGGAUGUGUCUGCAUGUGAGGUGUUCAGAUUCUAUAAACUGGUUACCUUAAAGGGUCUGAUUGAGCCAAUCUCUAUGAUCGUGCCAAGGAGGUCAGAAACAUACCAAGAGGAUAUUUACCCGAUGACUCCAGGUAUAGAACCGGCCCUGACACCAGACGAAUGGCUGAGUGGAAUGAACAGAGAUCCCAUAUUGAUGUCGCUGAAGGAGGGCUAUAAGGCAUCCAAAGUUGUCUUUAAGGCACCAAUAAGAGAGAAAAAAAGUGUUGUUGUCAAUGGAAUAGAUUUGUUAGAAAACGUGCCGCCCAGGACAGAGAAUGAGCUCCUCAGAAUGUUCUUUCGACAACAAGACGAGAUCCGACGGUUGAAAGAUGAGCUUUCUCAGAAAGAGAUAAGAAUUCGACAACUACAGCUGGAGUUGAAAAACUUACGUAACAGCCCGAAGAAUAAUUAAUUAACCUCAAGGGACAUUUUAUAAAUAAACUUUCUUUGUUUAUACUUGCUCUUUUAUUUUACUGUAUCCACUUACACAGAAUAUGAGCCAGAAGUCAAAUGACCUGCCAAGAGUCCACAUGCUAACUGGAAAUAUGUCCUUGUAGUCUUAUCUAGCACUAAAAAGAAAGACCUGUACACUAUAACUGAAAAUAACUGCAUGAAAGGAAGCUGGGUAUGUAUUUAUAUCCCACCAUUUUUCAUGGAGUAAGUAGAAGAGCAAAGUAUUCUCUGUAUCAAAAGACUACGGAACUAACCAAUAGGGCACACCUUAAAUUUAACUUGAAAUGGAGAGAGAAAGAAAAGAGACUAUAGGGUGCCCUUAAGAAAGCAAUAUGGUUUAUUGCUAUUAACUUUUUCCUAUGCAAAGCCUGACAAAGAAUGCACACAGCCUACAAAACUGGAAUUUUAAUUCACUUAACUGUCACCUAAAAUACAGGGCUUAAUUCACAAAUGUUCUCUCCAGAUCCUCUUGCCCUGGCCUUUGUUUAAAGGAGGUUCAGGAAAACCUGCCCUUUGCCCUGGCACUUGUUGCAAAAGUUUCCUUUUCCGGGGAAAGGUGGCAAAAUUUGAAGUCAGUGUCUUAGAAAUUGGCCUGAUGGUCAAAUGUUCAAGUUCCUUGGUCAAUUGCUACCCUCCUACAAGACCUUACUUUGUCACUUUCUUAGGUGUAUCUGUAUGGAAACUAGUAACUCUCCUUAGCAGGAUGAGCACUGGUUGUACAUACGGUUUGUUUGUUUUAAACUAUCCUAGGUUUCCUAAAUGCAGUGGGUCUGUCUUCCCUGAUCUAACAGGGACCUUAGAGUCCUACUUCCUCCUGGAAACAUCGUGGUGGUAACACUGCCAUUUGCAUACCAUUAUGGCAAACAGCAAAGGAAUCUGCCAUUGCUCUCUUCCCAUAACUGUCUUGGAACACCCUCUUGCUCAGCAGUAAAUGUUGCCAAGUUAGUGGUAACCUCUCCUGUGGAACCCUGAUUCAAAGACAUUUGAUGUCUGGGAACUCUGGGUAUGUCAUCUGUGUGUCUGUUCUUCUGCAUAUCUGUUCCUUCCAAUAGAACUGCAGAGGGUUUAAGCUGCACAAUAAAUUAUAUAUACACAAUAUAUGUACACAAUGACAUUUUGUGAAUUAGGCCCAUAAUACAGGGAAAGACACCAAAAGACUGCUAGUUUACCUAUAUAUAUUUUCACUUAAAUCAAGUAGGACUAUCCCUAGCAGUGUCAGUGCAACAAGUUGUUUUCCCCCGUUACUUUACAUUGUGCUCUGCACCCAAUGCUUUGCCUCCCCUUACAUUAAAAGUGCUGUCAUUCGCUAUUAUUUAUGUUACCACAAAAGUGAUGAAAUAAAAUGUUUUCAAGAUACCAAA